UAAAAAAAUUGUAAUUGUAAAAACACAAGCAGAAUAAAAAGAGCGAAGAGCGCCGGUACCAGAAAAACCCUAACAAGACCGCCGCACACACGCGAAUGGCUCGUACCAGCAACAUACUUCUCGAUUUAGAAGCCGACAACCCUGCUUCGUCUUCUAUAGAAUCCAAACUUCUUUUCUGCGUGAAUGAUGAUUUAAGCCGGCAGCCUAAGGUUGCGAAAUCGAUUCAGCCUGAGAAAAAACCUGCAAUUAGGCCCCUCCCCAAAAGCCAAGUUCUGGAUAAACUGAAGGAUUUCUUACCAGUCAUGUCUGAAGCAAAUAAAAAAUUGCAGCUUGCUGCCAUGGACAAUACGAAGGUAUUUGAUAUUGAAUCCAUUGAAGACGAUGAUUCACCACAUAUUGAAAUGGAUCUGAUGCUGGGUGUUGCUGACCUCAAUACCCCUGAAGCUAUUGCUGCGGCCGAGUCUGCAAUUAAUGGGAAUCAACCAGCUUCUUCCUCUGUGGCUACAAGUGAGUCGAGUGACAGCAGUGACGAAGAUGAAGUAGAUGACAAUCACAGUGAGAGCACCUCAGAUGAUGAGCACAAAGAGCAGCGUGGCUCUAAUAAACAUGAUCAGGGGAAAAAUGACAGGAGUCUUAAAUGCCCUCCUGUGAACAUAAAAAGAGCCAAGUCUAUUGGCACGAAACUAUACGAAAAAAUGAGAAAAAAACAACCAAACAAGCGGCCAAAGAUUGUGGAGCUUUAAUGAUACCUUAGCAACAUGAAAACUAAGUCACAAACUCUAAAGUUACAUCUUUCAGGAUUAUGUCAGAGGAUGAUGGUGCAAUCAAGCUAGAAAAAGUUUUGCAACCAGGUUUUAGCGACAUUGAGGUGAAUCUAUUUCAUGUU